AAUGGCGAGUUUCAAAAGCUUAAGAAGAAAAGAGACAGUCAACAUAAUGUAACCUCUCUCUCUGACCAGCCUUUUACACACGCCGUUUGUUUUCUGUUCCUGAACUCCCUGAAUUAGUGUACACUUAAAAUGAAAUAGAUAUAUAUUUAAAAGUUAGUGAAAGCAAGAUGGAACGUUCCAGUGCAGUCUAGUGCAGGAAUAGAAAACAAGCCUACGAUUUCUAUUAGACGGAUCUUUCCAGUAUGUAUAGAGUUCAGUGUUUAAAAACCACUGCAGUCGAAAACGCUAUUACUUACCUUCGAGUUUCACGCGAGAGGGAGAAGAAUAGAGAUCUGCAAACGCUACCUACGAUCAGUGAAAGCGACCAAGUGUCAGCGACAUGCGGCUAUGACGUUUAUAAAAUUCACCCGAGUGGAAUAUAUCACUGUCAUGCAGUACGAUGCCGUAUAGACGUCAAGAUCAUCCGGAGUACUUAUUUUUUUUUCAGCUGUUAUCAUGGGAUCGAGAUUAAGAGAAAAUGUCAAACAACUCUUCGAAUGCUUCUGCGAAGUGGCUGCACCAAUAGGGGAGAAAUCAGCUUGGAUUCUUCAGAAAUAUCCAAAUUCCUUUUCAGAUGAAGAAAUACUUAAAUCUGUCCCCAAAUUUGCAUAUCCUUGCGAAUUUGAAAAUUUGUUGGUACAGCAUUUUUCAUUCGUGCUCACUAGCAUAGAUUCAAAAUGGACCUUUGGAUUCUGCCGUCAUGAUCCCAAAACAGAAACGGCUCUAAUAGUCCUGAGUGCACUUCCAUGGCACGAAACAUUUUAUAAGCUAUUGAAUCACAUUGCAUCUUUAACCAGCAAUGCCAGCGGAGAAGAUCUCUGGAAAUUUCUUGAAAAUAUAUAUACCUGUGGAGUUCCAGUACCUGGAAGUUCCAUAUCUAUUCCUUUGCCAAAUUCUACAGUGAAUUUUAUUUGUCAAAGUCCAAAGCAGUUUCAACUACCUAGUAUCCCUGAAAAUAGGAAUUUGACUGAAUAUUACAGUGCUGUAGAUUCGCACAAUAUGAUGAUGAUAUUCGCAUCUAUGUUAUAUGAACGCCGUAUUAUUUUUAUUUCGAAACGUCUAUCGAGGCUAAGUGCAUGUGUACAAGCGUGCAACGCUUUAAUUUAUCCAAUGAUUUGGCAACACAUAUACAUCCCAGUUCUGCCACUAGCAUUAAUAGAUUAUUUAUUAGCGCCUAUGCCAUUCCUGAUUGGAGUGCCUACCCAAACGCUUCAGAAAGUACCCAAAAAUGAUUUAGGAGAAGUUGUCAUUUUAGAUGCUGAUAAUAAUACAAUUGAAUCGCCGUUUCAAGAUUUGGAGUCUUUGCCUCAAGAUGUAGUGAUGAAUUUGAAGAAAGCGUUGCGCAAUAGACCGGCUCUUCUCGGUGAUGGUGUGUCGAGGGCAUUUCUACGCGCGUUAGUGCAAUUAACCGCAGGUUAUAGAGAAGCAUUGACUUUACAACAGGGUGAGCGUAUUACGUUCAAUCAAAAUGCGUUUGUUGAAAAUAGGCCAUCUUCCAUGCAACCUUUUUUACGAAAAAUGUUGGAACUACAAAUUUUUCAGCAAUUUAUAGAAGAACGGUUGAACAUGCUUAAUUCAGGACUUGGUUUCUCAGAUGAGUUCGAAAUGGAAGCUUGCAGUUAUUCGGCUAAAUCAAGUAGUAAAUUUAUGCAGCAGUACAGAGAAUGGACUUACACUAUGCGAAAAGAGAGCUCCGCAUUUUUUCGUAGUGUAAAAGAUAAGGCCAAUCCAGCAGUAAAAUAUGCUGUCAAAUCAGUGAAAGAUAAAGGCAAAGAUAUGAAAACGGCAUAUAAAGGAUUAAAAUGGAAAGGGCGGUCUAAUAGAAGCGAAACUAGUAUGAGAUUUCACCAACCACGAUCGGCUCCCAGCUCGCCUACAUUAGAUAGACCUAUUGGAUUUACAUCCCCACCAAAAUCUCCAAAUGGUGUGUCAGCGGCAACUAAUUACCGAAAAGAUUUACGUUUGCGGAAUAGUAAUUUCACUGACACCAGAAAACAAUACUCACCUUUAAGUCCUAGUUCUCCUGAAGAAUCAGACUCUCCAUUGGAACGUAUAAAUAUAGAUCUUAUGCACGAACUUCGAGAUGUGAUAUUUCCAAAUACACCACCUGUGGAUAGAACAUUGAAACCAGUACGCAGUUUAGACAGCUUGAGACCUGCAUGGAGUGGGCACUUACGGCACGGCCCUCCACCUAGUACUGUCAUUACAAAUCCACACAAAGUCUCUUCGACAAAGCGACUUUUAUUUUCCUCCUCCUCUCAUCCUCUUCCCUUCAGUAAUUCAAUUAAUCAAUUGAAGCCAAUUGCUCCUAAUUCAACGUUAACGAAAUCAAACAGUCCCGUGGAGAUUGAAACGUCAUCUUUGCCCAUAUUGCCUAAAUCACACAAUCAAAGUGCUGAAUCAAAUCAAUGUUUACGCGAUUUACAUGUACAUAGUGAUUUCAUGAAACCCGUUGUUAACUUGUCGUCGUGUAUUUAUGAAAAAGAUAAUGUGAAACCUGAAGAAAGAUUUUCUUCAAAUGAUAAAAAAUUUAAUUCCAAAGACAUUUUUACGAAUACCAAUUCAGUUUCAAAUACAUGGGAUAGCGAACUUUUCGAUAAACCUUUUAAAACGUCGAAUUUUCUUCACGAAGUAAAUGAAGACGACCCUUUUGAUACAAGUAGAGUAUUCAUGCCUACCUAUUUGCAGCAAGCUGCACCACUUUUCAAAUCCAUGAUUCCCUCGACGCCCGCUCAGUUUCAUUCAUUAUCACAUCCAUUCAAUGCUACAUCCUGCUCUGCACAGGCUAAGGAUUCUCCCGAUGUCCCGGAUUUAAUACGGUUAGAUUCAACGAAUAGCAAUGACGAUUUUGAUCCACUCCUAUCUAAAUCUUCUGAAUUUUCGAGCACAAAACAGAUGAGUCAAUCAUUACAUUUACCCGAAAUGGGCGAGGGUCUCAGUAAUCCUUUGUAUCCUUAUUUUCAACCAUCGCACAAAAGCGACAAACCGAAGACUUCCGAUAACGUAGGUGACAUGGAUUUAUUACAGGCGUAUGGUAUAGAUUUUAAUAAAUUUAAUUUAUCUAAUGGUGAUAAUUUAUCCGCAAUGAACACCACCGCAUGUAAUCGAAGUGACAACAGUAUUAAUGAUACGAUGGACACAUUUAGUUUAUCGCUGAAUACACCUGCCAUUAAAUCACAAAAUAAUUGGACAAAGUUUGAAUAAGUAUUAGCAUUACACACACAUAUAUAUAUAUAUAUAUAUAUAUAAAAUUAGUAUAUAUAGCAUGUGUAUAUACAUAUAAACAUUAUAUAUAUUAUAUAUACACUAUCGUUUAUAAAUUUGGAAACGUUUAUGAUUUUUUCACAUCUCACAAAAAAUUAAGUAUGCUUCUGUGAUCAAAAACUAUCAGAGAUUAACUCAUUUAAACUGCGCGCUUCGAACAUAUCGAAGAAACAUUUUCUUUAAAUUGGUAGAACUGUUCUUAAUCUCUGUCUGAAAAGUUAAAAAAAAUAAAACAACAUUGAUUUUACAAAAAUAUAGAAAUUUUUAAGAUGAGCUGAAAAUUUUAUUAUUCUUUAUAUGUCAAAAUAUAAUAUAUAUCAAUAACUAACAUUUGGAAGGUAAGUGAGCAUGGCCCGUUGGUAAUGCCAAAAUAAAAAUAAUAAAAAUACUAAAUUUAAUAAACAAUAGAUAUUUAUAACGCAGUAACAACGUUUUGAUCUUUAACAUUAAAGUCAUCUUCAGUGUCCCUUGAUGUUACAAAUUUAAAUUAAUAACAAAAUGACGAUUAUAAUCUCCUUAAUGAUAUAUGCCGCCAAUUUGUUCAGAUGUAAUGUAUGUACAUAUUUAUUACAAUUUUUGCACAUUUUCUUCAAGCUUGUUUCUAAACUAAGUUCGUCCUUAAAAAAAAACAUUGUGUCCAUAAAAGAUAACGGCAGGAAAAAAUCUGGAGACUUUUUUAAUUCAUAAGUUAAGUGAUUUUUUUUGUUUUUUGAACCGUUAAAUCUCGUUGGCCUGAACAGACAUUAAUGUAUAUGUAUGUUUAUAAGUCACAAGUAUUAAAACAACAAACAAUAGAAAAAAAAAGGCUAGUGAGAGUCAGUGCAGGUAUAGGUGCACAAUCAAAAUAUUAAUAUUCUUAAAAUUAUUUAUUCAUCUUAAACAAAUAACAUAAUCAAUCUAAUGAACGUUUCGACUAGCUUUGGAGUCAUCUUUAGCGUAUCAAUGAAAAAAUGUAAAACAAAUUCUAGCCGUCAUCAGUCAUCAAAAACUGGAAAUUGAAUCACCAACGGUUGGCCAAAUCCAUAGUGGCAUCUUUUAUCCGUUGCAAUGUCACAAGAAAUGACAUUUCUCUGUAUAACAAUCGUAUAUUUUAUUUUAGAUGAUCAAGUGUUAAGCAGUCGAUUUUAAAUUACUUGCCUUAUAAAUGUCAAUUGUUUAUUAAAUUUAAAAUUUUUAUUAUUUUUAUUUUGGCAUUAUCAACCGCCUGGCUCACUUGGACCUUCUAAAUAUUAAUUACUGAUAGUAUUAAAAAGAAACCUAUUGCUUCUAUAAUUGUUAUAAUACAUAUUUUUUUACAGAAUGUUUUGCACGCUAGACUUUUAUUAAAAAAUUAUUAGUCUAUUGUGUGAAGAUAAAAAAAUUAUAUUAGAUAACAAAUUUCUUACAUUAUUAUCAUAAAGGGCCGUUCUUUAAUCAAUAGGAUGUGCUGAAUAUGAAUUGACCUAAAAAAUUUUCUUUUAUAUAAGAAAGAAAGAAAGGGUUGAGAUCUCCAAAAAAAUGCAUUUUUAGCCAUUUUCAUAAAUUCAUAAUGUAUAAUUAAAUAUUCCAACAUUUUUAAGAUGAUCUAACAUUGAAGCUUAGACUUUCAGCUUUCUAAAAAAAUCAAAAACUGAAGGUGUAGUUUUGUUUUGGGAAAUGUAAUUUCGGAAUUUUUUAAAAUCAUGUUCUUCAUGUAUGCAUACUUCCGUAAAUUUUCUUCUUUUAAAGUAUGCACAUUAGUUCAACUAUUGGGUCAUUAAGUAUGAAACUUUACACGUGUGAAUAUCUUGAUAUUCACAUGUGUAAAGUUUCAUACUUAAUGACCCAAUAUUUCAAAUUCGAAUCUAACACCAAUUACAUAUUUACAUAUAUUUUGAUAGUUUUAUUCCUGUAUGGAUGGUCUGGACGUCUUGAAUUUUGAAUUUUGCAAAUCUGAUAUGAAAUUUGUAAUUAACAAUCUAAAAAACUUUUAUAUCAUAUAUGUGAUUUGUAUUCAUUUGGACUUACACCAAUUUACUUUUGUAUGGCAGCUAUAGUGGAUCUGUGAUUUUGAAUUUUUGAAAUCUGAUUUCAAAUUCGCAAUUAGCGAAAAAACACUAAGAUUCAAAAAAACUAAGAUUUCAAGGUAUAGAAACGCGCGAGGUAGAAGAAAAUAUGCUCCUCAAAGAGUUAAUCUGCAAAUAAAUAACUAGUUUUGUGAUUAAAAAAAUGUACUUUCAGCGAUUGUUAACAUGUCGAAUUUUGUUGAACAAAGAAUUUGCAUAAAAUUUUGUCUUUGGAACAAAAUUUCGUGUACAGAAACAGUGGACAUGUUGCUGAAAUGUUUCGAUGAUAAGUGCAUGUCAAGAACAAGGAUUUUAGAAUGCUAUAAAAUGUUCAAAAAAGGCAAAAAAACGCGUUAAAGAAAAGGAUCGCUUUGGAAGAUUUUCCAUUUCAACAUAUGAGCAAUACAUCAAAGAAAUUAAGGAUUUAGUGCUCAAUGAUCGACGAUUGAUGUGAGAUAUAAUUGAACGUGUUGGAAUAUUAUUUGAUUCAUGCUAAUCGAUUUUGAAAAACAAUUUGGGCGUGAGAUAAAUUUUUCCGCUCACACACGCUCACAUGUCUUUUUUGGUCAAAAAUUCAACGAAUACUAUUCCACAAGCUCCGUAUCCGCCUGAUAUGACUGUGUGAUUUUUCUUCCCUCGACUGAAAUUAUCACUUCGUGGACAUCAUUUUGAUCAAUAGACGCGAUAAAAGAAAAUUCGUUGCAUAUCUUGAAGGCUACUUGAAAUCGACUAUAAAAGAUGCUUCGAGGAUUAAAAGAAACGUUGGCAUAAAUGUAUUGCAGUAGGAGGGAAAGAAGAAUUAUUUUGGAAGAAGGGAAGAAUUAUUUUGAAGGGGACGAAAUAAAUUUGGAUGAAUAAAUAUAUAAUUUGCAUUUUAUUUGACCAGCACCGAUACUUUUUGAUCACAGUAAUAAAAAUCUUUAAAAAUUUUUGAAAAAAAUUAUGCAACUCGAGCAUAUUGUAAUAUUUUUUCUCAUUUUUCUUUUUUAAUUCUUUAGUUUUAAACGAUCAUGGCGCAGAGAAUUAUGUAUCUGCUUUUUGAGCCUAAGACUUUGAUUCAAAUCCGGCCGAUCAGAAACAUCUAAUUUUAUUCGAUCACUACUUCUCGGAGUGCAGAGACAAACCACAGAAAUCAUCUUGUCAUGAGAUCUCUAAUUAGGCUGUCCGAAACCGGCAUGUAAACUGUAAGUCUCGUAUAUUUGUAUAAAUUAUAAAAAGCGUACAGAAAUGCGCUGAGAGAUCACCAUGUUUCUGAUAAGACGCUAUUAAUUUAUAGCGUUUUGGCCUGUGAUAGGCUUAAACUAAACCUGAUACGAGUUAAGGAUGUCACAUACUUUAUUUUAGAUUCUAAUUGAACGUUUCUAACAUAUGACGUCAUUAAUCCGCUAGUCGGUGAGGUUCAAACCCAUUACAAAAACGCUAUUAGUUUUUAAGUUUAAAAAACAUUUUAUAAGAAAUGAAUUUGUAGAGCACAAGAAGUUCGAUAUUAUUGUGAAAAAUCAUUGCAGCAGUUUUCUUAAAAAUUUUAAAAACGCGUUUUAAAAUUCGAAAAGUCUAUAUUAAAAUAAUUUUUCGUUAAUUUUUGUCCAUUUUAGCUAGUUCUGUGUUGCUAGAUUAGAGGAAUUUUUUAAAUUCAAGUUUUGUUAUUGUUGUACGGAAACUUUUUUAGAAAAUAAAAAUAUUUCAUAUUUUAUAGCUUUAUAUUUUUUUCUCCUCAAAAUUUUCCUAAAUUUUUUAACCUCCAAAGAAACUCCUGAUAGGAAAAAAAGGGGAAAAAAUGUUUUUAAUUUGGCAACACUGAUCAAGCUUCGACGUUUCAAAAUAAAAAAAUAUCAAUAUUGAAAAAAUAUCAUUUUUUAAUUUUAUGUAAUAUAAAAACAAAAGACAACUUUAAAGCUUUGUCUUUCAUUUUUCAAAAAAAAAUUUUUGAAAAUUUCACCCUUUUUUUCAAUAAGAUACGUAAUUUGAGAUGUGAGAAAAUUGCAAGCGUUCUCAAACUGAAAUUUCAUAGUGUAUACAUAUUGCUCAUCUGCUACAACGGCAUAAAAAAAUGUCAUUUCUUAGUUAUUUGUACAAAAAGAAAAUUUUCUAAUGAGAAUUUAAUGUACAUUAAGAGGAUUAGGCAGCCAAAUCGCUUAAAAAUAAAGUUCUUUACGAGUCAAUUGCAAAGAAAUGAAAGCAUAUUUAGAUUUACCCUUUACACAGUUUAUUGCUAGCAUAUAGAUACAAAAAAAUUGGUAAUAUAUAUAUAUAUAUAUAUAUAUAUAUAUAUAUGUAUGUAUGUAUGUAUGUAUGUAUGUAUGUAUGUAUUAACACACGCGCGCGCGCGCGCACACAUAAAUAAUUGUAUAUAUUCAAUAUCAAUUUUGUUUUUUCUAUCUACGUGCUAGCAACCAUGAUUCAAAGACAAGAGUAUGCUCAUCUGAUGGUAUCCCGUUGCGCAGAUAUAAGGGAAAAGCACGUGAUUACGUCACCAGAUUACGUCACAUUUACGUAAUAUGAUCGCAAAUCACUAUGGUGACCAUGUUAAACGAAAACGCGAAUAACGAAUGUUGAAUUUGAGAAAUAUUACGAAUCCCAGCUUCGCAAAAAAAAAUUAUUUUUAACGAAUUGGCGACAAUUGUACAACAAAAAAUACAACCGCAGAAAUUACCUCGUGCAAUAAUUCUGUGCCUUGUUCGUACAAGAACAUAUAUUCGUGUUCGUAUAAUGAACAGACAAAUAUGUGAACAGAAGUAAAAAUAAGAAAAAAAGAUGGUAAAAUUUACUAACAGUAAAUUUACUAACAAUAAAAUAUAAUGCAUUAAUCUACACAUUUCUAUCAUUUUCUUUUCUUUAAAUAUAUUUUUUUAAUUUUCUUACAGCAAUAUUUUCGAAUUUACUAUUCUUUCUACUACAUUUCUUUCAUAUAUUGGUUUAAUUUAAAUAUAAUAAAACAUUAUUUCUUAUCAUUUACAAUACUGAAUGCUGUUUUUUGCAUUAUAUUCUUAUAUUUAUAUUCUUUUAAAUAUUUAUUUUAUUCUAUUCUUUAAAUAAACAUUUCAAUUAAAAUAUUGCAGGAGCAUUAUAAGUACACUAAAUAAUAUAUUCGAAUGUACCGUGAAACGAUGACGUAUCUUGGUGACAAUUCUGAUUGGUCACUCAACUGUCACGAUUUAUCGUGCGCAAGAGCUUGUCUUUCUACCAUGCUAGCAAUAAGCAUUGUGUAAAAGGGUAAAUCGGGGCUUUCAUUUUUUUGCAAUUAACAUAAAGAACUUUAUUUUUGAUUGUCUAAUCCCCUUAAAUAAAGAAAUAAUAUUUUUUCUCUUUACAAAUUUACACAAUCAGUUACAAUACAUUAUUAAACCAAAAAUUCGUAUUGAAAAAUAAUGUUACAAAUUUUAAUGACUCAAAACAAUCAGAUUAGAAAACUUUAUUUUUUAAGGUAUGUUGUUGCAUAGCAAAUAAGCGAUAUAUAUAUAUAUAUAUAUAUAUAUAUAUAUAUAUAUAUAUAUAAAUUGUAGGAUCUCUGUAUUCUGGUAGCAUCGAAACCAAAACAACUUACUAGGGUACGUUCGGAUUAUUUUAUCAAAUAUUGUUUACCAAAUGUUACAUAAGAAUGACACCUGGAGGACACUCGGAAGGGAAUCCGAGCGCACUCCUGAGCUGCAAUUUUUUCUUUCAUUUUUUUCUCACAACUGUGUAAAAAAUAUACGAUGAGAGAAUCGAUGGUUCAGAAUAGAAGAAAUCUAUAAUGUAUAAUAUAUACAGGGUGAUUUCUAAGUAAAUACGAAAAAUGAAGAGAAUAUUCUUUGGUUUAUUUUAGAACAAGGUCCUAUGAACAUAAAAGAUCUAAAUUGUUUUGUUUGUAAAAUACAGGAUGUCAAAGUUAAAAAAAGAUUAACAUUUUGAAAAUGUAGAAAACGUUUAGAGUUAUUUUAUUCAAUUUAGUGUACAUACUUAUGUACACUAAAUUGAAUUAAGAAUCAUUUUCCAGUAUACAUUUUUACAUCCAUCAACGGCGUGCGUAUGGGUUUUUAAUAAGGCAGUUUAGGGCACGUGUGUUUAUAAGAUCUUUCCCAGAUAACGAAGCAUGUGUCAGCAAAAUCGCGCAAAUUUGUGGUUGUUUAUGAUGCUAACAAUUUGCCGUAUUUCUUCAACGAUUUUAAAUUGAAACAACACGCAGGCAACAAUGCAUAAAUGUAUUACCAACAGUUUUACAGCAAGACAGCAGCAUCAUAGUUAUCUUGCAUUGUUAGCAGUGUGGCAGCGUUGUAUGAUUCUAAUUAUUAUAGCAACAUAAUCACAACAGCACGAAUUUUGAUGAUAACGAUUUCAAAGUUGCCGACAAAAAUUACUAUCUAAAGUUGUCAUAUCAUGAUGACAUCAAUUUGUCAAAAUUGUCGAGUUAUUUUAUCCUUAUUGUAUACCAAAUGUUAGAUAAGGAUAAAAUGAUACUUGGGGAACAUUCAGAAGGAAAUCCAAACACACCUGCGCUGCAAUGAAAGUCGUUUAUUUUUUAUGCAGACUCGGUUGCUGUAAUUCUGAUAGCAAUACAUAUAUCAUGUAACAAACUGAUGUUAUUUGUCGUCAGUUUAACAUCCAAAUAAUAUCAUUGAUAACAUAACAUCAAAAUGACAAACAUUAGCUUGAAUUAUGAUACAAGCAAUAUGCUAACAACAAUACAGACACGUUGCUAUCUGAAUUUUCUUUCUAAAAUAAAUUAAGGAAUACUCCCUUAACACACAAUUUUUUGUACUUAAUCAUCCUGUAUGUGCGCAUAUUGUAAAUAUAUCAUUAGUACCUUUUUGUUAUGCAUUUAGAUAUCUGUAUCAUAACACAUUCGUAUUAAUACUUCAUCAUCUUGGGUAUCAGCCAAUAAUCUGUACUAUGAAUACACAUAAUUAUUUGUUAGAAUGCUAUUUCGCGCCCUUCAAAUGACAUACUUUUGUAUUAAAAAUUAGCGAUUCCGUGCGUGUACAUUUCGCCCAGUGAGAUAGUUCUGGUAUACAAUUUUUUAUAUAUAUAUUAUUCAUUCAUGGAGAGAUUGUGCGAUGUGCGAGAACAUCAUGUUAUAUAAUUUUUAUAGUAACAGCAUAACAAAGAGACUCGAAGAAAUAAUGAAUUUCUAGCUGUUGGAACGAACCAACAAUUUAAAUACUUUAAUAUUGUUGUAAUAUUGAUUUAUACAUAUAAUUAAUGUCAAAAUUCGUAAAAAAACAUACUGUAUUAACUAUUGUACAUUGCAUAUAUUGUUAUAUUCUUUUGUAAAAUUUUAAGGUAUAAUUUCCAUAUAUUACAUUCUCUUUUAUUUGUACAUUUAAAGCUUUAUGAAAUAUUCAAUUGCAUGAGUAUAGUUUUAUAAGCAUUUGUAAUUUUGAUUUGGCAACAGGAUAAUAGUCCCAGGAAAAUAAAUGAACAAUUCUAAACAGCAUACAAUAUUUAUAAAAUAUUUAUAAUAAUUAUUUGAAUUUCAUAAGUAUUUUAUAAAUAUUCACAAAAAUAUUUCACAGACAUUUUUGUGAUCAUAGAUUAAAUAGAUCAUAAAGUUUUAUUAUAAAUAUCACAAAAAUAUUUAUAAAAUCUGUAUAAAAUAUUAUAAAAAUUAAAUUUUUAUACUUAUCAUGUUAUAUAAAAUAUGUCUAUAUUUUACUAACAUUUUGAAUAAAGAUUUUAUGAUUUCUUUCCGUUGUGUACAUAAAAUGUGUCUAAAAUAUUUACUUAAUAUUUAAAAAAGUAAAUAGUUAUAAAAUUUAUAAAUAUUUAUAAUAAAUAUUGUAUGCUGUCUGGAAUUUGUAGAUACUUUAAUAUGAAUUGAUACGCAAAGUUAAUGUAUCAAAAUUUGCAAAAAAUGUACUAAUUUACAAAAUAAUAUUGUAUAUUGCAUAUAAUACUGAUACAUUUUUUUACAAAAUUCUAAGGUAUAAUAAUUUUCACAUUACAUUCUAUUCUAUAUGUAUACAAAACUUUAAAUACUCAAGUAUGUGAGUACAGUCCCAGACAAUGAAGUAUUUAAACAAAAUUGCGUAAAUCUGUGAUUACUUAUGAUGUUGGCAAUUUAUAUUAUUUGUCUUCAACAAUUUCGAAAAUACCGAGAUUGAAGCAACACACAGGUAAUAAAAUGUGUACCUGUAUGUACAUGUAUACAUGUUGCCAGUAAUUUAACGGCAGUAAGAUAGCAGUACUAAAAUUAUCUCGCGUUGUCGGCAAUAUAAUGGCAUUGUGAUUUUAUAAGUCAAAGAUCGAUAAGAACGUAUUGCUCGUGAGUGCUCAAUUGCGCGGGCAAUAGAACACUCUAGAUAAUAAGAAAAGAAACUAUCAAAAAAGCAUCGCGCUGUUUAAGAAAAAUGGAUAUUCUGUUAUAUAAAUUCUUUAGCUACCACAUAAUAAACUUAAUUUAUAUUUAA